GGCCUAUCAAGAUGCCAUUUCUAAGGUCUUCGAAAUCCAAGUUAACAAACAGAUUACCGACCAUUUCGAAUCCCACCGUACCUUUUCCGCUAUGCAAUCUGGUUUCAGAGCUGGUCAUGGGUGCACCUCAGCCACGCUCAAGGUCCUAAACGACAUCAUAACCGCCAUCGAUAAGAGACAUUACUGUGCAGCCGUAUUCAUCAACCUGGCUAAGGCUUUCGACUCUGUCAAUCACCACAUUCUUAUUGGCAGACUCAACAGCCUUGGUUUCUCAAAUGAUUGCCUCGCCUGGUUCACCAACUACUUCUCUGAUAGAGUUGAGUGUGUCAAAUCGGAGGGCCUGUUGUCCGGACCUCUGGCUGUCUCUAUGGGGGUGCCACAGGGUUCAAUUCUCGGGCCGACUCUCUUCUCUGUACACAUCAAUGAUGUCGCUCUUGCUGCUGGUGAUUCUUUGAUCCACCUUUACGCAGACAACCCCAUUCUGUAUACCUCUGGCCCCUCUUUGGACACUGUGUUAACUAACCUCCAGAUGAGCUUCACUGCCAUACAACUCUCCUUCCAUGGCCUCCAAUUGCUCUUACAUGCAAGUAAAACGAAAUGCAUGCUCUUCAAUCCAUCACUGCCCGCACCUGCCCGCCAGUCCAGCAUCACUUCUCUGGACGGUUCUGUUAUUUAUUUAUCUUGCUCCUUUGCACCCCAGUAUCUCUACUUGCACAUUCAUCUUCUGCACAUUAUACAAUUUGAGUGUUUAAUUGCUAUAUUGUAAUUACUUCACCACCACAGCCUAUUUAUUUCCUUACCUCUCUUAUCCUACCUCAUUUGCACAUGCUGUAUAUAGAUUUUUCUACUGUAUUAUUGAUUGUAUGUUUGUUUAUUCCAUGUGUAACUGUGUUGUUGUAUGUGUCGAACUGCUUUGCUUUAUCUUGGCCAGGUCGCAGUUGCAAAUGAGAACUUGUUCUCUUCUGGUCUAGCUGGUUAAAUAAAGGUGAAAUAAAAAAAUAACAAAUACCUGGUAAUGCUGGAUCACAGAAAUACCCCGUCACAAGGAACAGACAGCAGCCCUGCAAUGGUGUUCAUGGGAAGACGUACAAAGACACUACUUAUAAUGAGUGAAAAUCUUCUGAGACCAGCGAUGGAAAACAGGCAAAGUACUAUGACACCUCUGCUAAGGAUCUCACAGAGCUGCAAUGAGAUGACAGGGGGAGAGUUCAGCCACUCACAGGACAGAAACAGUGGUGGCAGAGGGCCACAGUAGUCAGACCUGUGGAGCAAAGGUCCUAUGAGGUGAAGACAGAACCAGGACAAGUCUUCAGGAGGAACAGGCAACACCUGAGGAAGAGCGGAGAAAUAGAGGAGGAUUUCCCCACUUUUGAGGAGCCUGGCACAUAGCCAGUAAACAGAGCACCAGCUGACGCCCAGCAGGGUGCUGAACACAACCUGGAGGUGAACGCUGCACAUCAACAUGAAGAUCCAAACAUCUCAGGUCAAGCACCUCUUGAUGUAAUCAACACAAGGUCUUGUACAGGUCUUCUGAUGGCCCUACACCUGAAUAAUGAAUGGACAGUCAGACAGUAAACAAACAUUCAGUUCACAUUUAAGUUUAUUGCAGACAUGGACUACAAGCCAAAGUUAGAUGGAGUCUGCCCUUGUAAAAAAAAAAAACAUGUAGCAAUAUUGAUGUUACUCAUAUUGAUGUUACACGGGAAACGGAAACCAGUGGUUACUUACUAUAGUAAUGUGCUGGUUGACAACAUGCCUAGUAAAGUUUGCUUAUAUAUCUUUGUCUGUCUUGACUACAAUGCAAAUCAUAUUGAAACAGACAGCAGGAAGGGGCAGAAUAGAGGAGGGUAUUGUUACAAGAUUACGGGUGAAAGUGUUUGGUGUACCGCUGGAGAGCCUUCUGCAGUACAAUGUGGAGAAUGCGAAUAUACCAUGCUUUCUCAUAGAUGCAUGUGCAAGUCUGCUGGAGCAUGUGGAAACAGAGGGCUUGUUCAGAAAGUCUGGCUCUGUUGUUCGUCUGAAAGCACUCCGGGUGAAGUUGGAUAAGGGUGAGAGGUGCCUGUCCACUGCCCUGCCAUGUGAUGUGGCUGGCUUGGUCAAGCAGUUCUUUAGGGAGCUGCCGGAUCCCGUUAUGCCUACAGAGCUGCAUGAUGCCUUCCUCAAGGCCCAGCAGCUGCCCACAAAGGAGGACAGGACCUAUGCCACCCUGCUGCUGUCCUGUGUACUGCCUGACCGGAACAUGAGCAUUCUACGUUACUUUUUUGGCUUUCUCAACAAAGUCUCUCAAAGGAGUGGUGUGAAUAAGAUGGACAGCAGUAACCUGUCUGUGAUCCUGGCUCCCAACCUCUUACACGCUGGAGACGGGGCGGACAAGAUGAACGCCAGCACAGAGAAACGCCUCAAGCAACAGGCAGCUGUGGUCCACUGCCUUAUAGAACACGCUUCAGACUUCGGUGUGGUACCUCAGUUCAUCAUGGAGAAGAUUCCAGCCAUGCUGGGCUGUGAGGCAGAUGUUCUGUUUCCUACUCUUGAGCGAGUAGAGGACUUGGACACAAAUUCAGGGGCCAAGAGGAGAUGCAGGCGCAGUCUAGGGGAUAUGGUCAAUGGAGCUCUGAAUAAGUUAAAAACAAAUAGAACACCCACAAAUACUCCCCAGUCAGACAGAUAUGUCUUUUCUUCUGCAACUCCUGUGAUAAUUACUCCCAGCUCCAAGAGAGAAAUUCCUUUGGAAUCUGGUCAUAGUUAUGGAUUCUCCAACAAGAAACGGCGAUCCAUCAAAAAUAACCUUGGUGUAGAAUUAUUUCCUAAUUCUCUGUUUGGUGGAAGCUCCACUCCUGGACCAGGAUACCUUGACCCAAGUGCCUCAAAAUCUCUGGACUCCUCCCGUAAUGCUUUGGCCUUAGUUGGGAGAUCCAGCGGGCAGUCUGCCAGCUCUGCAAGGAGAAAGAGCAAACGACUGAGUCGCCGACAUUUUGUCGACAGAGUAGAGUCGGGGAAGGCUGGUUGCUUCUCUCCCAAGGUCCCCAAGAAAGAAAAUGUUCGCAAGUCCCUGCGCCUUCGCUUCAGCCUGGGCAAGAGCAGCAGAGAUCCUAGAGAGGGUUCAGAGUUCAUUGGUUGGCGACUUGCCACUCCAGAGAGCACCACCAGUUUUUGCUUCAAAGAUGCCAAAUUUAGCCCUACUGUUUUGCAAAACAAGAGUGCAGCAAAGGGCUCCAAGUUUUACAGUAAGUCAGAGGACAACCUGCUAACCCCCAUGUGUGACGGCAGUGACCUCCGGACGUCUUGGAGUGGGGAGACCCCUGACGAGGGCCAUGUCUUCAGCGGAGGCUCCUUCACCGAAACCCCCAUUAACAUGUGUCUGAAGAACAACUACUACUCUGAGCCUGCCAUCGUGGUGGCCAAGCCCCCCAUGGUGGCCAGCUUCCCCAAGAAGCUGUGCUGUGCCUCCAGAGCUGAGAGCCUCCAGAGUGAGUGCUCAUUCAGCCAGACUCUGACCAGGCCCACCCUGCUCAAGAUCAAAAGAGCCUUCACUGAGUCUGGCAGCAACCUACAGGGAGUACUGAGGGAUGACUGUGCCCCCUCUGAAGGGGGCAAGGCAACACAGCCUGAGAACACUCAAACCGAUUCAACUCCUUCUGAAUCUUCUACACUCAAAGGUGUGUCACCAAACAAAGAGUGUUCUGGCAUGCCAACUCCUUGGAGGCAUCUGGCUGAUGACCAGAACAUUACAUUUGGUCAGAUUGAGUUUGUUCCUCUGUCUCCCUUGUAUAUAGAUAGUGCCCUGUUUGAAGUGGGAGGAUGUGGCAGUCUGUCAGAGAAGGCCUGUGACUGGUCACUGUGUGCUGGUGACAGGUCUGUAGCGGAAGAGGCAGAUACUGUGGCUGAGCAGGUGAACUGCAGCAAGCUGAUCGAUGCCCUGGACAUCCAGAGCCCUGCUCACUUCACACGCAGCAUUGCUGCUGGGGUCCAGUCCACUCCAUACAGAGCUUCAGGGCUGGAGUACUUUCAGGAGCUCAAGACCCCUCUUCCCCCUCUGGGUACAGUGCCUGUAAUGGUACAUGUUGAGGCUGUGGCAUCCCCAGAACCCAGUGCCCACCCCCAGAGGCAGGAACAGCAGCUGUUGGAGCUGCCUUCCCCAGGCAUCCUGGAGACCCGCAGGCUAAGGGUGGUAGACCACAUCCAGCGCUUCAAUAAGCUCACCCUGUGUUCACCCAAAUCACAGGCCAAAGCAGUCAGGUCCCCCCUCAAGUUCCAGCGUACUCCUGUGCGCCAGUCUAUCCGCAGGAUCAACUCCUUGCUGGGGGACAGGUGGCCUGCACCGGCUGGUAUCACCUCCUCCAGCCAGGUAACCACCAUCCCUGUGGGAGAGGCUGUCAGCCUGGAGAGUGGCCUGUCUGCUGGGGCUCAGCGCCAGCCAAACGAUCAGGGUGGCCCCACACUUGACACGGUCCGCUCCACAAAAACCUGCUCUCCUCCAGUCCCACCCAAGAAGCCAGCCAGAAUCACCGGCAAACCUAGGAAUUACACUCUAAGCGACGUGACCAACAAGGUACAACUGAAGGCCAAAGGUGUGACACCUGUUAAAGACCCAGGAGGUGAAGGUGAGAGGUCUGUGGUACAGCAGGUGGCUGAGAAGGAUGUGUAUUACUACAGAGGCUCCCCCAGGAACCUCCUCAACGAGGGCAGACUGCUGUCAGCCACCAAGCCCAUAGACCUCUAGUCUAGUAGAACUCAACCUUCACUAUGCAGGUCUCCCUAUCUGGAUAUAUACUGUCUCAUUGUAUAGCUUCAAAACAUUCCCUCAAUUUUUAUGUCUUCAGUUGUUUUCAGGGAUUUAAUUUAUUUUGCAUCUUAGAUGCUGUUCGUUGAGUGCUUGGGGUGACUGAUCUGUUGCAUUGCCUUACUAGUUUACUCUGUUGGUAAAAUAGUUUUGCACAUGCAUAUCAGUGUAAAGGAAUGUAUUUUUUUGAAGGUGUUUGUAGUCUGUUAGACUCGUGUGAAAGGCAAUUGCUGAACGGUUGGGUGUAAGGCUUGAAGGUGUUCGAGUUAAAGGACAACACCACUUUAUAACCAGUUAUUAUGCUGUUCGUAUAUGCCCCACCAUAAGAUCUGAAACUAAUUUGUCUGGCAUACUGCACGAUUCCUAGUUUUUGUCAUUUAAGUUUCUGCACUGCCCUCAUCUACAGUAUACUGCAAUUCCCAGGUUGCGUUUCACCUACCAGGAUGCAAUGCUCCGUCCAGUCAACAGUUAGCUUUACAAGCUUCAUCUGAGUGCAUUUCAUAUUAUAAUGCUUGCAUGUAUAUCAUGCUGAAUAUAUGUUCAUCCCACUGUCACCAAUCAACUGCAUUACACUCAAAUAAUAGAAUUUAGAUGCUAACGAAUGCGAAGCACAAGUUAGUGUAUCUGAUGGUUAGCUAACAUUCUAGCUAGCCUGACUGCUACAUCCUAAAUAGUUUUUUUGCAACAAUAACAGCUGAGUUUAUUCUUGGCUACUGUCUUAAACCACAGUCCAAACAACAUGUAGGCCUGUUAGAACACAUUUAUUAUGACAUUUACAGGCAAAUCACUAUGGAAUCCUAGUCUCUCAUUUAAGCCUGUAUUUUUUUUUUUGCUGACAUUAGCAAUGCUAGCUAAGUAGCUAACAAUGUUCCAUUGGAAGUAAUGUGCUCAACAAUAGCUGCCAAAUAUAGCCUUUGCAACCAUCCAACAAUAUUAGGCCUAUUGGAACUAAUGAGAAUAUAGUCUAUUUGGAGCUGCAACUUUGUUGUUGGUGGGAGUGGUUUUGCCAAAUGCAAUUAUGGCAAUUUGAGCCUUGAACAACAGAAACACAUGGAUGUAAACUAGCUAUACAUAUCUAUAGGUUUUUGAGCGUCUAUUUAUUUACAGAUGUUAUUAGACAAAGACAACCGAGCAACAUAUGAUCACAACUAGAUGGUUUAUAUCGAUAGCUGAAAAUGACUGUCCAUUUAUUUUAUUAGUCAUUUCAGGGAUCCUAUUUGAAAAAAUAAUCUGGUUUUGCGUAUCACUAAACAGUCAAUAUACAUGAAAUCAUGAAGUCACACAAACUGUGUAAAACAUCACUAAAUACUUCAUAACAACCCAGAUGUUAAAAGUGGCGGAGUUGCCCAUUAAGGUUUUAUUUUUGCUUUUAUUAAUUUUUUCAUUGCUGUCCUAAUUUGGUAAAGGUCUAUGAAACUGUUUCCCUGCUUUUAUUUUCUAUAAUUACUAUGUUAAUUUGCUUUGGAUUAAACAUGUGAACUGACCAAGACACCUUCGGGGGGAAUUUAUUAAUAAAACUUGUCAAGCUGUA